AUGACUGGCAUGACCCACUGGGAGGACUUCAGAGACGGGAAGCUAAAACGCCGCGAUGAGUUGAUAGCUGAAUUCAAGGCUCCAGAAGCCUUGGUACCAACACCAGAACAGAUGAACGAUGUGACCGAGUAUAUCGAGACCAUGAAAAUCCUAACAGAGGACGAAAUUGAAAUAACCAACUCCACAAUCGAGCAAAUCCAAUCGACUAUUUUGGAGAAGCGUUGGACGGCUACCCAGACGAUAAGAGCCUUCAUCCACAGAGCUACUCUAGCUCAACAGUUGACGAAUUGUCUUACAGAAAUUCGUUUUGAAGAGGCCUUGAAAGAGGCAGAGGCCCAGGACUCGUAUUUCUCACAAACCGGGAAACUUGUGGGUCCUUUUCACGGUAUUGCAGUAUCACUGAAAGAUAACAUAAAAGUUGAAGGUCUGGCUACAUCCAUGGGAUUCGUUGCCCUUGCUGAAAAAAUCGAGCAAGAAGAUGCUGCCCUUGUCAAACUGCUUAAAUCACUCGGUGGCUGCAUUAUUUGCAAAACAAAUACCUCCGCAGGUAUGAUGUACUCAGAAACUACUAACAAGCUCUGGGGCAGGACUUACAACCCAUCUGCCAGACAAUAUCUCAACUGCGGUGGCUCAUCUGGCGGAGAAGCAGUUUUAGCUGCGAUGAAAGGAUCUUGUGUUGGCUUCGGGUCUGACAUCGGAGGUUCAGUAAGACAUCCAGCAGCCCUAUGUGGUGUUUAUAGCCUGAAACCUUCUUUUGGAAGAAUACCUUCCUUUGGAACAGCUUCUGGCCAACCCGGCCAAGAGAGUAUUAAGUCGAUUUACGGACCGUUAUCGUACUGGCUGGAGAACGUGGAGUAUUCUUUUAAGGCAAUUGUGGAUUCUGAGCCUUAUAAAAGUAUUGAUGCUAAUUGUAUUCCACUGAAAUUUAGGAAACAAAUUUUGGACAACUCUCCGCUGACGGUUGGGUUCCUAGACACAGAUGGAACCUCUACGGCCACUCCGCCUGUUUUGCGCGGGCUCGAAAUUGUACGCAAAGCAUUGGAAUCUUCUAAUCAUCAAACUGUUGAUUGGCCAGACAUUUAUCUGACGGAGAUCAAAAAUGCCAUCUAUCCUUUCUACGAUGCAAAUGGUUACAAGUCCAUCAAGGCAUUGAUCGAGGCCUCCGGAGAACCUGUGGACCCUUUACUAUCAAAAUGGUUUCCAACCGCAAGAGAUAUGCCGGUCUCGGAGCUCUGGAGUCUGCAAGUUAAAAGGUCCGAGUUGUGUCAGAAAUAUCUCAAGCUGUGGAACACAUUUUCGGAUAAACCACUAGAUGCCCUCAUAGUCCCAGUAUCGCCAUUCCCUGGGUGUCCAUUGGACGGAGUUGUCACAUUGCCGUUUACUGCAAUUUGGAAUGGUCUAGACUAUUGCGGUUCAACUAUUCCUGUGACAAGAUGUGACACAAAGCAAGAUGUUCCUCUGGACAAAACGAAUUUUAUUUCUAAAGUGGACGAACAUGUCCACGAGACGUACAAGCACAGACUAAACGAGUUCCAGGGGGGUGUUGUGUCGCUUCAGGUAAUUUGUGGAAAACUACAAGAAGAGAAGUGUCUUGCAAUUACAAACUACCUAAAGCAGUUGCUCAAAUAA